AUGGCUGGGGCCCUGAUGAUAUCCUGCAGCCCUGCUGGCCACCAGUCACCAACCCCAGCCGCCACCGAGCUCACAGCACGCACCAGACACAUUACUCACAACCCUCCUCCUUACACAUAUGGAAAUGAAGGCCAUGACGAAGCUCAGGACUUGGUGCUGUGCUAUGGGAUGCUGCUCAAGGACGCUCCUCUAAGAUCUCCUAUUCCUCCCCAUCCCAAAGACAAUGACAAUGACAAAGAAUCACGGAACAGCGGGGCUUCAUCAGACGGCAUCCUUUCUGUGGACCAUCUCACCGAAUGCUCAGUUUAUCUCCGAGUGAACUGUCAGGGAUGUGGGUUCUGCCUCACAGGACUAGAGUGGGAACGUGUGGAACCUGCAGCUGCAGCUGGACAUUCCUCUGGAUACUUCCUGCCCCUGCUAAGGUGGCUUCCCCCAGGACAAGGUAGGGACAGUCCAGCCCUGCAGGAGUGUGUGCUUGUUCUCCAGACUACAUGGUUGCCGCUGUCGGUGCAGGGGAAACCCCGUCUCCGAACUUCCCCGGAUGAAUUGCUCCUGAAAGGCAAAGCGGUGAAGACUGAGGAGGAGCUGGAGGAGGAUGACGACGAGGGGCUAGAGGAGUCCCCGUCGGAGAGACUAUGGGGCCUGAUGGGGAUGUUUCCAGAGAGGGUCAGGUCUGUGACUGGAGCCACUUUUGGUCUCUUCCUCUUUGUGGCUCAAAAAAUGUACAGGUUUUCGAGGGUAGCCUUGUGGACUGGGACCACUUCCUUUAUGAUCCUGGUUCUUCCUGUUGUCUUUGAGACUGAGAAGUUGCAAACGGAGCAAGAGCAGCAACUGCAGCAGCGGCGGAUACUUCUAGGGCCUAACACAGGGCUCUCAGGAGGAAUGCCAGGGGCUCUACCUUCACUUCCUGGAAAGAUCUAGAUUGUUACUACUGUUUGAGCUGUCUCGGUGGGAGAAGUUUGAAAUUCAGUAGUGUUUGAACUGCUGAUUAUUUGGAUUUUUUUCUUUAACUUUGACACAUUGAUCUAUCUAAACCUGGU